CACGCCCGACGUAUACACACUCCAUACAAACGUAAUGGGGAAAGUGCACGGCUCUCUUGCCCGUGCCGGCAAGGUGCGCGGUCAGACCCCGAAGGUCGCCAAGCAGGACAAGAAGAAGCUGCCCAAGGGUCGCGCCAUCAAGCGUCUCAAGUACAACCGCCGCUUCGUGAACGUCGUCGUCGGCCUCGGCAAGAAGCGCUCGCCCAACUCUAACGCGCACAUCAGUAGUAACACGACGCGGCGGGUCGGGCACGGGGUGUUCGACGCGCCUCGGUCCGUCUUCGUCUCGGCCGUCGGUCGCGGCGACGCAGACGACGACGAGAAAGAGGGCGGAGCGGCGGUCGGCGAGGCCGCGCGUGUCCGGUCGGUCGAGCUCGGGGGCGACCUCGAGGACGACGCGGACGUCUACGCCGAGCGGCGCAGCUCGAGGGACCCUUCGGAGAUGAAGCCCGAGCUCGUGCGCCGGUACGUCUCUUCGGAGCACUUCAACGCGCGCGAGAGGGCCAAGGCGGAGCGCGCGGAGAUCCGCGCGGGGUUCCAGCUGCAUCCGCACGACGUCGGCGGGAGCGAGGUGCAGAUCGCGCAGCUGUCGCAUAAGAUAUCGCACCUCACGGAGCACUUCAAGGCGCGCCGGAAGGACGUGCACUCGCGCAUGGGACUGCAGCGGAUGCUGGAGCGUCGAAAGAAGCUCAUGCGGUAUCUGCGACGCACGAACGGGGACUCGUACGGGGACGUGAUCUUUCGUCUCGGGUUGAAAGAUCCGAAGACGAACGACCCCGCGGGCGGCAAGUACGCGUAUCGCGACGAGCAGAUUCGCGCGCGGCUGAGAAAGAAGGGGAAGAAGUGACGAGGAGCGAAUGGAUGGAUGGUGACUGUCUCGAUUUGCGUUCGCGGCGGCGGCGUCCGAGGGCGCGGGCGCGUCGCGGGGCGAGGGUUUGGGGUGAGAGUUUGCGGGUCGCGUUUCGCUCGGGGUAUCAUCUCGUGGGAACGCGUCGUUGUAACGCGAGCGAAACGUCUUUUCUUUUG